AUGGAUUUCGUUCAAGAAUCAAAGCCCAAAGUAAUGUGGCAACCCGAUGGAACGAAACAAACGAAGAUGGAUAAGCUUCGGAAAAAUAUAAAUUCCAAGUACAAUGUGGACUUACAGACAUACAGUGCUUUUCAUCGAUGGUCAUGUGACCAUUAUGCUGAAUUCUGGGAAGAAGUUUGGAAUUUUACAGAUAUUAUCCAUUCAAAGCCUUAUAACAAGGUUGUGGAUACAAGUAAAGGUAUUUCAGAAAAUCCGGAAUGGUUUGAAGGAGCGAGAUUAAAUUUUGCCGAAAAUCUUCUGCGUUACAAUGAUGACAGGACUGCCAUCUAUUCUACAGGUGAAGGAAGAAAAAGUAAGAAAAAAGAUGAAGAAAUCAAAACAAAAACCUUCCGAGAAGUGCGAGAGUCAGUCGCGGUAUACGCUGCUGCCCUGAGAAGACUUGGUGUGGAAAAAGGGGACCGUGUUGUGGGUUACAUCCCCAACUGUACAGAGGCUGUCGAGGCUAUGUUAGCUACAGCCAGUAUAGGGGCUGUAUGGAGUUCCACUUCCCCAGACUUUGGUGUACAGGGAGUUCUUGACAGGUUUUCACAGAUACGUCCAAAGAUAAUUUUCAGUGUGAAUGCGGUGUGGUACAAUGGUAAGGUACAUCGUCACCUAGACAAACUACAACAGGUUGUUCAAGGUUUACCAGAUCUGGAAAAGGUCGUUGUGGUACCCUUCGUGCCUGAUGCAGACUGUGAUAUUUCUGAGGUUUCCAACAGUUGUAUGUUAUCAGAAUUCCUGAACAAAUCUGACGACCAGGUGCCAGAGCUAACUUUUGAACAAGUCCCAUUUAACCAUCCAUUAUUCAUCAUGUAUUCGUCAGGCACCACUGGAGUACCCAAGUGUAUGGUGCACUCAGUCGGGGGAACAUUACUAAAACACAUGGAGGAACACAUCAUACAAAGUGACAUGUCCCGUGAUGACGUCAUGCUCUACUACUCAACAGUAGGCUGGAUGAUGUGGAACUGGCUGGUGUCUGUACUUGCUGUAGGAGCAGCUAUUGUGUUAUAUGAUGGCUCACCAUUAGUGCCACAUGCUAACAUCCUCUGGGAUAUUGUUGAUGAAGUGGGGGUGACAUUUCUUGGUAGUAGUGCUAAGUGGCUGGCUGUCAUGGAGGAUAAGGGUCUCACACCAGGUUGCACACACAAAUUGACAUCCUUGAAGGCAAUCCUGUCGACAGGCUCCCCACUGAAGCCCCAGAGUUAUGACUAUGUGUACAAAGAUAUUAAAAAAGAUCUUCUCUUAGCGUCCAUAUCUGGGGGCACAGACAUCAUUGCCUGUUUUAUGGGACAGAACUGGACUGUGCCUGUCUAUCGUGGUGAAGUCCAGGGUUUUGUACUUGGCUGUGAUAUGGAGGCAUGGGAUGACGCAGGUAAGCCAGUUUACAAUGAGAGUGGAGAACUGGUGUGCCGAACCCCAUUCCCGUCCAUGCCUGUUUUCUUCUGGAAUGAUCCAGAUGGUACGAAGUACCAGAAGGCCUACUUCAGCCUACACAAAAAUGUUUGGGCCCAUGGAGACUUUUGUAGUAUCAACAAGGAGACGGGAGGUAUCAUCAUGCUGGGGCGUAGUGAUGGUGUUCUUAAUCCAAAUGGGGUUCGGUUUGGUAGUGCUGAAAUCUACAAUGUUGUCGAGUCUUUCAAGGAAAUAGAUGACAGUGUGUGUGUAGCACAGAGGAAGGCAGAUAUGUCAGAGGAACGGGUUGUUUUAUUUGUCAAGAUGGCCAAGGAGGGAGUAUUUAAUAAGGAACUAGUUGCGAGCAUCAGAACACGGAUACGUGCCGAGCUAUCGGCACGACACAUGCCAGCAAUUGUUCUAGAAACACUAGCUAUCCCUUACACCAUCAGUGGAAAGAAAGUGGAGGUAGCUGUAAGAAGAGCCAUCCAUGGUCAGCCAGUUCCCCAACAGGGGGCACUGUCAAACCCAGACUGCUUACAAGCCUACUAUAACCUUGAGGAACUACAGGGAUUCUAAAAUACAAAGAAUGAGCUUAGACUUUUGAUUGACUCUUUUAAUCAUUACCAAUUCUUGCUGAAUGGAAGUGAUUUAGUGUCAUUACUAAUAUCUACACAGGAGCGUCAGUAUUACGAUAUUUAUCCUUCAGUAAGCCUGGGCCGAGGAACAAACAGGAAAUUUUGAACUCCUAUUCAAAAGGUCAGGAGUAGGACAAUGGUUUAACAUCUGUUGGUAUUUUCACAUUGCAAUAGAUAUGGAUGGAUUUAUGACCAGAAAAAGCCUUUUAUUAAAUGUCAGAACAAACUUAUUGUCACAUGUUCAAGAUCGCUUCUCAGGGAUCCAUGCAACAGUGACAUAUUAAUGCAGGGACUAGACUUGAGAGCUGUUGGAGGCUUAUCUGGUGAUACUUAAGCAUUUUUCACCGAGGCAUGAAGUCAUCAAGUCCCUCUCCUCCUCUCUUCACAGUUGUUGUUUAAUCUUGUCUGCCUAUGCCCUAUUCAUUUCCAGCUAUAUAUAGUCUAGAGUUAAUUUGGCACUGACUGACUGACCACAGCCAUUUUGUCAGCCAAUGAGAAGUGAAGCUCAUUUUGUAACAAAACUAAUAUAGGUAAAUUGCAAUGAUUUAUCUUCAAAAUUACAAGUGUUGAGAAAAUUUCUCAGCUUUUUUAUGCUAUUGACUUAGAAACAAUUUUCUUCAUAUCUGCUGAAAGUGGCAUGCAAUGGAGUAUAAGUGUGUGAGACAGUGAACCACAUAAAUAAUUUCAAUGUUGCUAUAUUUUCAAUUUCAGUUUAUUUUUUAACAGCAUUUCAAAGGAAACAAAGUCUGCAAUAUAAACGUGGUAAAUAUAUCUUACAUACAGAAACCAUGCACAAACUGCAUAAGAUAAGUAUGUACAAUUGUAUAGUAAAUUGCUUGACAGCCAAUGGGUACCAAGAAUGGAUAAAAGUUCGCAGAGUCCUUUCUUGUUCUGAAUCUGACAUAGAUUAGAGUGACAGUGGUAGAUUGUUGACGAUUUUCUCAAUAUCGAGGUUUGGUUAUGACUGACCCUCUAUG